AUGGAUUCGGUACUUGAGACUCAUGCUCUGAGAUUGCCUUCGCUCAUUUUGGGAGGCGCUGGAUUCAGCUAUCAAUUGCAUCCAGAUCCAAAAAGUAUCCCAGUCUCCAAAAUCAUUCGUCGGGCUUUUGAUGCUGGUAUGACGGCCAUAGACACAUCGCCGUACUAUGAGCCAUCCGAGAAACUUCUGGGUUCUGCACUUGCGAGCGUCGACGUAACCAGCAAAUACUCGCGAAGUGACUACAUUCUGAUGACCAAAGUGGGCAGAGUGUCCGCGAAUGAAUUCAACUAUUCACCGGAAUGGAUCCGAGCGUCGGUUUCAAGGUCCCUAGAUCGACUGGGUACAGCAUAUCUAGACGUGGUGUUUUGUCAUGAUGUGGAAUUCGUUUCGCCGGAGGACGCCAUCGAAGCGGUUGGGACUUUGUUUGAAUUAUCCGACCGAGGCAUUAUCAAACAUGUUGGAAUAUCAGGCUACUGCAUCGAUCGUCUCAUUCACGUUGCGAAGGGGGUAUUGGAAAAAUACCAACGACCUUUAGACAUCGUGCAGAAUUGGAGCCAGUUGAAUCUUCUAAAUAGCCGUUUGGAAAAAUACGGCAUUCCGGAGCUACGCAAGGCCGGUGUGUCCGUUAUUUGCAGUUCUAGUCCUCUAGCCUCGGGGCUCUUGCGGUCCGGCAAUGUGCCUUGUGGAAAGCUGGGCGACUGGCAUCCGGCGCCUGAUGGUCUGCGCAAGGCCGUGCGACAAGUUUCGACCUGGGUGGAGGCCCAAGGAUCAACACUAGCAGCUCUGGCGCUGCGGUUUUCCUUGAGCAAGGCAGCGCGAGCAUCUCAAGACGGAAUCUCUGUUCACACCAUCAUCGGAAUAUGUUCUAUUCGUGAUGUUGAAGAGAACUUGCUAGUGAUAGAGGGCAUGAUGCAACCGAGCGACAUAAAGCAUCACUCGAUUGCUGGUGUGCUGGACGCAGACUCUUUCAGUCGUGAGAGAGAAAAUGUCGAUCUUGAACUCUACCAAAAGAUUCAAGAGACUUUAGGAGAGUGGGCAGAGUAUGAUUUUCAAACAGGAAAGAGAGUAUCGCGCAUCUAG